UAUAAACACAGUUGGCGGCAAAUAUGGAGUCUGGUCUGAGCGCAGACACGGACCAGGAGAAAAGGGUUCAAAUAAAGUCCAAGAAACAAGUGGUCGAGCAGAUGAAUCGCUACAAGGAGCUUUUGAAGACGGUUCUGGACGGACAGACGGACAUGGCGGCGGACACGAAGCGCGUGCUACUGGAGGAGCUGGAAGCGAACUUCGAGGCCGCUGUUUGGGCCAAUGUGCUGGUGAAGGGACAGACGUGGGACGAGGCGCCUGAUGCUGAAGUUGAGGACGAGGCUCUCGAAGAGGCUUUCGACCUGGAGAGUCUGCUGGACGACACCAUCCUUGAGACCACAAGGCGGCGCCGCACAUUCCCCAAACGGAUCCUGCCCCACGUGGUCCACUCCAUCAAAGCCGAACGCAGACUGAUGGAGCUGUAUCAGCACAAAUACAAGGCUGAGGAGGCGCCUAAAGACCUUGAUCAAGAGCGGGUCAUGAAUAGUUUGUCAGCUGAAGCUCCUGCGAUGGUGGAAUCAGCCAUUCAGAUCGUAAAGUCAAUCAGCACGCUGCAGGAACAAGCCCAAGGCCUACGUCAGAUCCUCAGCAUAAAGACGAGCGACGCCACGCUGGAGGUUCGCAGAGAGGUGUAUGGCCAGUCGGGCGCCGCCGCAAAGACCAGGCAGCCAAGAAAGAGAGCUGUGGAAGAGGCAGACUGCUACCGGAAACGAGCCGACGAAGAGGGGUGUCCGUAAUAACAUCGCUGUAGGACUGGAAUACAAUGGACUUAAUGCAUGAAAAGCUGUGGUUAAGAAUUCUUGCACUUUUCUUUUUUAAGGCCUGAAUUAAUUACACCUAAGCCAAACACACAUCAGUGACAGAGAACCGGCGUCUGGUUCCUUUCAUUGGUACCAGAUCAUUUACUGCAUGUGAGUGAAAUAAAGUUUAUAUAUGUCCA